AUGGAGAACCUCUCUCUGGAACCAGAGAUCCAAGAUGACUGUGGGCCGCCCAGGGCAGCAGGUGCUCCCACAAAGUCCAGAAACAACUUCAAAGACUUGAUGGUCAAGCUGACAGAGGGCCAAUAUGUGCUGUGCAGAUGGACAGAUGGACUAUAUUAUCUUGGAAAGAUUAAAAGGGUCAGCAGUUCCAAGCAAAGCUGCCUUGUGACCUUUGAAGAUAACUCCAAAUACUGGGUCUUAUGGAAGGAUAUCCAACAUGCUGGUGUUCCAGGCGAAGAGCCCAAAUGCAACAUCUGUCUCGGAAAAACAUCUGGGCCCCUGAAUGAGAUUCUCAUCUGUGGAAAGUGUGGUCUUGGUUACCAUCAACAAUGCCAUAUCCCCACUGCAAGCAGCACUGAAGGGCCCCUGCUAACACCAUGGUUCUGCCGACGCUGUAUCUUCGCUCUGGCUGUUCGGAAAGGUGGUGCGCUGAAGAAAGGAGCCAUUGCCAAGACCUUGCAAGCAGUGAAAAUGGUACUCUCUUACAAGCCGGAGGAGCUAGACUGGGACUCCCCACAUCGGACCAACCAGCAGCAGUGUUAUUGCUACUGUGGAGGUCCUGGAGAGUGGUACCUAAGAAUGCUUCAGUGUUACAGAUGCAGGCAGUGGUUUCAUGAGGCCUGUACCCAGUGCUUGAAUGAGCCCAUGAUGUUUGGAGACAGGUUCUAUGUGUUCUUCUGCUCAGUGUGUAACCAGGGCCCAGAGUAUAUCAAGAGGCUACCUCUAAGAUGGGUGGAUGUGGUUCACCUUGCCCUCUACAACCUGGGGGUACAGAGCAAGAAGAAAUAUUUUGAUUUUGAAGAAAUCCUAGCCUUUGUCAAUCACCACUGGGAUCUUCUUCAGCUUGGCAAGCUGACCAGCACCCCAGUGAUAGAACGAGGACCCCAUCUCCUUAAUGCACUGAACAGCUACAAAAGCAGGUUUCUCUGUGGCAAAGAGAUCAAGAAGAAGAAAUGUAUCUUCCGACUGAGGAUCCGGGUCCCUCCUAACCCCCCUGGUAAACUACUGCCAGACAAGGUGGUGUCCCUGAAGGAGAAUGGCGGCACCUCCUCUGACCUACAGAAGAGAGGGAAGAGCAAGUACCAAACCAAGCAUAGUUCGGUGCCUCAUGAACAGCAGAAAAGGCGAGUUGUUAGAAGAAAAAGAUCAAAAUUUUUGUUGGAAGAUGCUAUUCCCAGUAGUGACUUCACUUCAGCCUGGAGUACCAAUCACCACUUGGCCAGCAUAUUUGACUUUACACUAGAUGAGAUUCAGAGUUUAAAAAGUGCCAGUUCAGGCCAAACAUUUUUCUCAGAUGUGGACUCCACUGAUGCUGCCAGCACGUCUGGCUCAGCUUCCACCAGCCUGUCUUAUGAAUCCAGGCGGACUGUGGGCAGCCGGAAGAGGAAGCUGGCAGCCAAAGCAUACACAUCCCUAGGGGCGAAGCGACGGGCAACAGAGCCUGGUGGGCGCUGCACCUCAGACAGCAGUGCCGAAGGGGGCUCGGGCCCUGAGCGACCCGAUGAUGGCAUUGAUAGCCACACUUUUGAGAGCAUCAGUGAGGACGAUUCAUCCCUUUCCCACCUCAAGUCCUCUAUCACCAACUAUUUUGGUGCAGCUGGGCGGCUGGCAUGUGGUGAAAAGUACCAGGUCCUUGCUCGAAGGGUGACCCCUGAAGGGAAGGUCCAGUAUCUGGUGGAAUGGGAGGGGACUACCCCAUACUGA